GCUCCAGAGUUGACUGGCGACUUCGUGAGGUGGAGGGUUACGACGCGAGCCGCUCUGUGUUUUCUACCGGCCUGUGGAGGUGCGAUCGGUGAGGUUUAUCAACGUGUGCGAGCAUGGACGGCCAUAGUCGAUCUGGUGCGUUCAGAGAGGAAGGUGGACAAGAGAGUGGCGAUCCAUUCGAUCGGAUGCGACAUUUUGGGAGCAUGGGAAGAGGAGCAGACAUGUUUUCGCCGUGGGGAGGAUUCGCACACGGCAACACCGGCGAUUCUUGGUCCAUGGAUGAUCCGAUGGAGGGCAUGGAGUCGAUGCGGCCCCGACAGCGGCCCAAGUUCAGCAGUGCCACCACCAUGAUGGGCCCUCGCCCGUUCCGGAGGGAGCGACGAGCCUCGGCGGGCACACCGGACCAGGCAGCUGCCGCGGCGGAGAGCGGCGGUAUGGGCCGGGAGCGCAUCAUUCCUAUCCAGGUGGAGCGGGAUGAGGCGGAUUCGAGGGCUCCCCAGCAGCAGCAGGUCCCUCAGCAGGCUCAGCAGCCCGCUCAGCCUCAGCAGCAGGCCUCGCCCCGCCAGCAGCGGCCUUACGUCCGACGGGGCACCCUCGACACUCCCGUCUCGUCGCUGCAGACGGAGGAACUCCAGCGGGACGCUCGCGCCCGCAGCGCUCCGCCAGAAGCCGAGCCGGCCGCCGCCGCCGCGCGCGUGCCUCCGCUCAACGUACAGGCCGCCGCGGCGGCUGCCACGCCGCACAAGCCAAACUACUUCAACUCGUCGCCAAAGCCGUUCUCGGCUCAGCAGAAGCCGUUCCAGUCGCCGACGUUUGGGGCGCAGGGACAGAUUCCCAUUCCUGUGCAGGUGGAGAGGGGACGGGGGCAGCAGCAGCAUCAGCAGCAUCCUCACCAGCAGCAGCAACAUCCCCAGCAGCAGCAGCAGCAGCCUCAGCCGCCAGAGCAGCCCAAGCAGCCUCCGCCACCUCCGCCCAAACCAAAGUCGCCUAAAGAGCGGGCUAUGGAGGCGAUCAGUGCCGUACAGGAGCGUGUGGCUGAGCUCGGGGCUGAAGUCGAGGCCUUCAACGGCCAGCGCGGAGAGAAACAGCAUCUCUAUCUCGACGAGAUGCUGACCCGGGAGCUGCUGAAGCUGGAUAAUGUGGAAGCCAAUGGGGAUGAGGAGAUCCGCACUACGCGCAAGCAGACCAUCAUGAGCAUCCAGAAGUGUCUGGCGCAGUUGGAAGCGAAGGUGACUACGCCGGAGGAGGCGGCUGCCAAGGCGGCGGCGGCGGCGGCAGAGGAGGAAGAGGGCGUGGAGGAGGGAGAGGCUCCGAUGGAGGCAGAGGAGCAGCCGGUAGAGGGCGGAGAGGGCGCCGCUGAAGUGGAGAUGAAACCCGCCGAGGAGGCUCCGUCCGCGCCGCCGGCAGCUCAGGAAGGCGAGGCGAUGGAGGCAGCCCCCGAGUCCGCGGCAGCCGAGCAGCCCGAGCCUGCCGCUCCCGCUCAGGAAAACGUCCCGUCCCCCGCUGCAGGCCCAGAGGGGGAAUCCCCGGCCGCUGUGACUGAGGCUCCCCCAGCCGCGGCCCCUGAGGCGCCCGCUCCGGCCGCUGAUAGCGCCUCUGUGACUCCGGCUGCCCCGGACGCGGCGGCGGCCCCGGCUUCUCCGGCCGCGCAGAGCUAGCCUCCGGACCGCGCUAGGGAAGCUCUGUUGUAUGACCGGGCGCGGGCUGGCGCCGGUUCGUUGGACGCCGGCCAGGCGGCGUAUUUUUAGCGUCCCGGCCCGCCCGACCGACCCACUGAGGUCGGUUAGACCGGCGGCGAGGGAGGGAUUCCCAGGCUGGGCGCUGUCAGCCGCCCACCGAGCCAGCUAGGCCCGUGUGUGGGCCCACGUAGGCCCCGGGUGUGGGCCCAUGUAGGCCCCGCGUGGGCCCGGCCAGUGAUGUCACCACCGUCAGAGGGCUGCCGAUGCCGGCGUACGGCGUUCGUCUGCACAAAAGCGGCUAUCUGUGUCUGCACAGUUAACUGUUAUCUGGCGGACGGAUGCUGCAAUUCUAGUCGCGGGGCGACUUUGGUGCCCGCAUAACUCUUCACAGGCUGUUAGCAUUGAAGAAGACUAAGGAAUGUGUGACUAGGGAUGCCGUGAAGACUAAGGGAUGAAUAACUAGAGAUUUUGAGGACUAAGGAGUGAGUGAAUAGGAGUGGUGUGGGAAAGAAUGAAUGUGCUUUUGUAUGAUGUGUUGGUUGCGGUAUGCGACUUAUAGCCAGUAGGUAUGUUGUCUCAUGAAUCAGAGAAUUGAGCGAUGGAGCGACUGUCUCUGUAAAGCCUGUGUUUUGCGUUGGAAAAUGGUUGUGUUGUCCGUUUCGAGUCCUGUUUAUGGGCUGUGCCUAACACAGGCGGUGAUACAUGUCUGAAUUCACCUCGAUUUUCCUAUGUUAUCGCUAUCAUAUCGUGUGAUGUUGAUAAUACGAAUAAAUGCUUCGCUACUCAAGA